AAGGAUGCUUUCGUUCGCGUGAAUGGAAACAAGUUUGAGCUCGGUGGCAAAGAAUUCAUCUUUGCCGGAUGGAACCAGUGGGAGAUGAUGGAGGCGGCGACUGGAGCUGGACCGCCGGCGCGCCACUUGCCACUUCCAGGCAGAGAACACAUACAGCGUUUGCUCAACGAGGGCGUCGCGGAAGGUUUGAAAGUCGUUCGCGUUUGGGCGCACACAAUUUCGAAAGGAAAUGAGGUUCAGAGUCGUCCAGGCGUCUGGGACGAAGAUGCUCUGCGUGGGCUUGAUUUUUUCCUUGAUGAAGCCAGAAAGCGAGACGUCAAAGUCUGCCUCGUGUUGGCAGAUAACUGGUAUCCCGUGGGCGGCGUCGACCAGUACGUCGCCUGGAGUCAAACGGCGGAUAAACACCAAGAUUUCUUUACUGAUUCGAAUUCGAAGCGCAUCUUCAAAGACAUGAUAAAAACCAUCACCACACGGCGGAAUACAAUUAAUGGUGUUCGAUACGGCGACGACGCUACGAUCAUGUCUUACAAUCUUGUCAACGAAGCGAGGUGCCAGAAUUGCCCCGCGAGCACUAUCGGGAAAUGGAUCGAUGAAAUGGCGACUUAUUUGAAAUCAUUCGCACCGAAUCAGCUCGUUGGUCUCGGAUACGAGGGGUUUUUCCAUUCCGACGACCCCGCGGAGAGGCAGGCGACAAAUCCAGGCGAAGGCAGCGACUGGGCUUCGCGUGAAGGUCAAUCAUGGGCUCGACACUCGCGGAUGGAUUCCAUCGAUUACGUCAGUAUUCACGUCUGGCCUGACAACUGGUUUCCGACGCAAUCUGUCGAGUUACAGCAAAAGUUCAUCAAAUCGCGCAUCAACAUCGCGGAACGCAUCGGGAAACCGUUCGUACUGGAAGAGUUUGGCAAAAAGGUCGAUCGAAAUGAAGGCGCGACAGGAUUUGCAGAACGCGACAAGUACUUUGCCGCUGCAUUCGACCUUGCGGAGAGCGCUGCGCGAGACGGUAAGCUCUCUGGUACAAUAUUUUGGCACUGGUAUGACCGAGGCGUCGGGCUU